UUGGCCACCUGGGCUCAACUCACCCCAUCCUUGCUUUCCCCCAUCACUAUACCCAGCGGCGAGGGCAGCCUCACUACUCUUGCCCCGGAGGUGAACGUGUGCCUGGCUUUGAUUGAGACAACCAGGACCCCAGAAGCCCAGUGACAUCAGAAAAGAGGCUCCUGGGCGCUAGCACUUUCCGCAAUACGCUCCAGGGCUGUAGGUGCAAAACCAAGCUCUAACUUCCCUCCGAGAGGGAAAUACAGGGCGCGUCACAGUGGCCUCUCCCGCCUAGCCAGGCGCGGUGAAAUUUCCGGCAAUCCGGCCAGCUAAGACACGGGAUUUGCACCGCAGUCUCCCAGCUUCUGGAGCCGGAGCCGAGAGCUCCCGGCAGCUUCUCCAAUUUCUCUCCUAAAGUGCGAAGGGAUAAGCCCCGUCUGCUCCACGCCUGCGAGGCCGGCGGAUCUGGGAGCCGCGCCCGGCUCCGCAGGACUCGGCGGGCGCGGGGCUCCCUGGCAGCGGCUCCUCUGCUAGGGGUUAACAGCAGCCCCCGCGGCCGGGCGGGCGCGGACGCUUCCUUUCCACCCGCCCGGGAACGUGGAUACUGCGCCCGCAGGAUGUUCGCCGGCUGGGCCGCGCAGUCAGGAAACAUGAGAAGGCCUCGCUAUUCCUGUUCCCGGGCCGCGCGCGCCAGGCUGGGUAAAUAAAGCCGAGACCAGAGCGGUGGCGGUGGUGAGCGCGCCGGAGCCCGCGUGGAGAACAUGCGGCGGGGAUGGGAGUGCGCCUAGUCUCGAGGCGGGAGAGCCAGCCGCCCUGCAGCCGGCCGCCGGCCCCGCAGCCACAGAAGCCGAGCCCUGCUGCGGAGCUCCCGGCGGCCAAGCCCCGAGGCUCUGCGGCCGCGCAGCGCGUCCCUGCCACCCGGCACCAUGAACACCAUCGUCUUCAACAAGCUCAGCGGUGCGGUGCUGUUUGAGGACGGAGGCGCCCCGGAGCGGGAGCGGGGUGGCCGGCCCUACAGCAGUGUUCUGGACAGUCCUCACGCCCGCCCCGAGGUGGGCAUUCCCGACGGCCCGCCCCUCAAGGACAACCUCGGCCUGAGACACCGGAGGACAGGCGCCCGGCAGAAUGGCGGUAAGGUGAGGCACAAGCGGCAGGCCCUGCAAGACAUGGCGCGGCCCCUCAAGCAGUGGCUUUACAAGCACCGUGACAACCCGUACCCCACCAAGACCGAGAAGAUACUCUUGGCCCUCGGCUCGCAGAUGACGCUAGUGCAGGUGUCAAAUUGGUUUGCUAAUGCAAGACGUCGGCUUAAGAAUACUGUUCGACAGCCAGAUUUAAGCUGGGCUUUGAGAAUAAAGUUAUACAACAAGUAUGUUCAAGGCAAUGCUGAACGGCUUAGCGUAAGCAGUGAUGACUCGUGUUCUGAAGAUGGAGAAAAUCCUCCAAGAAACCACAUGAAUGAAGGGGGCUAUAAUACCCCAGUUCACCAUCCCGUGAUUAAAAGUGAGAGCUCAGUCAUCAAAGCAGGAGUGAGGCCAGAGUCACGGGCCAGUGAGGACUACGUGGCACCCCCCAAAUACAAGAGCAGCUUGUUGAACCGUUACCUUAAUGACUCUUUGAGACAUGUCAUGGCCACGAACACUACCAUGAUGGGAAAAACAAGGCAAAGAAACCACUCGGGAUCUUUUAGCUCCAAUGAAUUUGAGGAAGAAUUAGUGUCUCCAUCGUCAUCAGAAACUGAAGGCAACUUUGUCUAUCGCACAGACACUCUGGAAAACGGAUCCAAUAAGGGUGACAGUGCAGCUAACAGAAAGGGACCGAGCAAAGAUGACACGUAUUGGAAGGAGAUCAACGCAGCUAUGGCCUUAACAAAUCUUGCACAGGGAAAGGACAAACUGCAGGGAACUACCAGCUGCAUCAUCCAGAAGUCGUCCCAUAUAGCAGAAGUAAAGACUGUCAAAGUGCCGCUGGUGCAGCAGUUUUAAGAGCUUGUUGCUUUUCAGAUCCAAUGGAUGUUCUUUCCAGUGUUUUCGUCAACCCUCAUCCUAAGAGCCGAAGCAGGGAUGAAAAUGACUCUCUCCCAAACCUCUUCUUAUUUUUAAUUAUCCCAAAUAUAUCAUUUAGUUGCUUCUGUAAAAGACAUAUAAAUUAUAAAAAACUCAUUUUAAUCAAAAAUAUUAACUUAUUUUAUGUUACUCAAACUAUGCAUAAAAUGUCUGCAUUACCAUUACAGUAAGUGCCUUGCUUCCCAAAAAUAAGCUCCAACGUGGGCAUAGUUGAACAGCUAUGCCUCAAAAUGCCAACGCCAUAUGCUUAUUAGCCUGUGUGCAUCAUUCCAGAUGGACCUAAUCAUUCCAGGACUGAAACCAGAAUCGCUGAAAGCCCUUGAAAUGCAUUCAAUAAUUCACAAGUUAAAACUUGGAUAUCUGUUCAGCCCAAAUGAAAUCUUCCUUUUAAAAAAAGUCUACAGUAUUGAAAAUUGUUCAAUGUGCUUUUCAGAGUGACAGUGAGACUUUUAUGCAUGUAUCUUGCCUGCAUAUCUGAUAUGUUACAAACUUCCAAAAUUCAAGGUGCAGCGAUCCACAUAACGUUGUACAUUUAAGAAGUGAUUCCUUCAAGUUAAUUUAAAAUUUCAAUGAAUACAUGGUGAUCAGGAAAACUUUUUUUCAAGCACUGUUGGAAAGUACCACAAAGCCCUUUAGAAUUAAUCUGGAUUUUUUUCUCAAGUUCUGCUGAAGUUUAAAAAAAAAAAAAAAACAACUUUAUUAUAUAAAUAACUCAAAAUUUUCCUGUGUAAAACUAAACCUGUAGUUUUAAAACAUAAUCCUGUUUGCAUUAGAGCUCACUGUCUUUUUGUGAUGGAAACUGUGUUCAUAUGGUAUAACUAAAAAUCUUUUAUUUGAUUCGUUUCAAAUUACAAUUGCUGAUGGACAAUUUGUAUUGCAGCGAGAACAAGAGAAUGAAAGAAAUGUAUCUCUGUGCGGCUAUACAUACACAUACAUAAAAUUGAUUUUUAAAUUUAAAACAUAUGGAAAACAAAACAUUGAACAGUUUGAAUUUUGCCAAGUUGGACAUUAAUGUAAAAGUGAAGUGAAAUCGUGCAUUGAAAGAAAACAUUUUGUUUCUAAAUUAGACUACCAUUGAGUGAGAACAAUCAAUAUCAAGAAAGAAGACUAUCUUUCUCAACUAAACAAUAAUAUUCUAAUCAGCUUGGGAAGACCUGAAACUUGAAUAAACAGUGGAAAUGCCAAAUAUAACAGAGGGUAUGUGCUACAGAGAAGUAAAAACGGUUUGACUCUUUUAUGAUGGGAUUUUUUUUUCUGGGUAUGUAAUCUAUUUUUUUUUUAAACUGGAAAGCAUUUUUGUCAGUGUGAAUGAGGGUCAAUAGUGUAGCCAAGUGGUGACAUUUUUCCUUAUUUUGCAAAAUGCUUUUAAAACCAAAGGCUGCUCUAGUUGAUGGACAGUAUCAGUCUUGAUAUAAAUUGUAGGACACUUUUUCAUGUAACAUAGCAUUUGGGGACUGGAUUUAUUUAGUGUAAUGAAGAUAAUUUGAUAUAAAAAUAUUUUGUGUAUAUAUAUAUUUUUACUUUGUUUUCUAAAUUGCUGUUUGCAGUAACAGUAAGCGCAAAGCAAAAUAUAUAAGUUAUGACUGUAUGAUCAGAUGAAGUAUGAGUUCUUUUGGUUUGCAUCCUUAAAUAGUUAGAGAUCUCUGAUACAAACUUUGGAAUCUUUACAAAACAAUUUUGCCAAAAUGUGAGCAUGUCAAUGAAAACUAAAGACAAAUACUUCACUCUUUUUCAUACUAUUAUAAGUUAUUCUGGUAUUAAAUAUGUUAAUAAAAGUGUUUUUGUUUUGACAUAUUUCAGUUAGAGGAAUGAAUGCUGGUUGUAUUUUAUUUGAAUGAGUCAUGAUUCAUGUUUGCCGUCUUUUUAAAAAAAUCAGCAAAUUUCUUCUCUGUUAUAAAUUAUAGAUGACAAGGCAAUAUAGGACAACUAUUCACAUGAUUUUUUUUAAUACCAAAGGUUGGAAGAUUUUAUAAUUAACACGUCAAGAAGACUUUAUAAUAAGCACAUCCUUGGCAAUAUCUCCAAUUGCAAUGACUUUUUAAUUUAUUUUUUCUUUUGCUGCUUUAACAUUUUCUGGAUAUUAAAAUCCCCCCAGCCCUUUAAAAGAAUCUUGAACAAUGCUGAGCCGGCAGCUGAAAAUCUAACUCAUAAUUUAUGUUGUAGAGAAAUAGAAUUACCUCUAUUCUUUGUUUUGCCAUAUGUAAUCAUUUUAAUAAAAUUAAUAACUGCCAGGAGUUCUUGACAGAUUUAAAAUAAAAGUUAAUUUCUAGACCUC